GCAGCGAUGGCCUGCCAGGAGGCUGGGAGUGAGUACCCAGAUAUAGCCUCCUUUGUGUCCCGGGCAGGGAGGCAGCCUUGUCUCUGGGCAACCGUUUGUGUUUUCUCUGUCCCCAGCUCAGUGCUGUUCACUGUUGAGAACCCCAGUGCCCAGGACCUGGCCUUUCUCUGAACUGAUUCUGAGAGCAGUGGGCACUGCCCUUCCCUGUUAGACGGCACCUCCACUGGGCCUGUCGGGCUCCAGAGCUGACUCGAGGACCUCCAGCUGCAGCUGUUCCACCCUCUGAGCAUGCUCCACGUCCCUGGGUUUUCUGCUGGGUUCCACACUGUGAGAAGCUGACUGUGGGCGGACAACUUCACGGCCGAGGGCUGCGGAGGAAGCCAGGAGCACAGCUUCCAGCACCCCUUCCUCCAGGCCGUGGGCAUGUUCCUGGGAGAGUUCUCCUGCCUGGCUGCCUUCUACCUGCUCCGCUGCAGAGCUGCAGGCCAGCUGGACUCCAGCAUAGACCCCCAGCAGCCCUUCAACCCCCUUCUCUUCCUGCCCCCAGCCCUCUGUGACAUGACGGGGACCAGCCUCAUGUAUGUGGCCCUGAACAUGACCAGCGCCUCCAGCUUCCAGAUGCUGCGGGGCGCAGUGAUCAUCUUCACAGGCCUGUUCUCGGUGGCCUUCCUGGGCCGGAGGCUGGUGCUGAGCCAGUGGCUGGGCAUCCUGGCAACCAUCGCGGGGCUGGUGGUCGUGGGCCUGGCUGACUUCCUGAGCAAGCAUGACAAUCAGCACAAACUCAGCGAUGUGAUCACAGGGGACCUGCUGAUCAUCAUGGCCCAGGUCAUCGUCUCCAUCCAGAUGGUGCUAGAGGAGAAAUUCGUCUACAAACACAACGUGCACCCGCUGCGGGCAGUUGGCACUGAGGGCCUCUUUGGCUUCGUGAUCCUCUCCCUGCUGCUGGUACCCAUGUACUACAUCCCCGCCGGCUCCUUCAGCGGAAACCCUCACGGCUCGCUGGAGGACGCGCUGGACGCCUUCUGCCAGGUGGGCCGGCAGCCCCUAAUCUCCCUGGCGCUGCUGGGCAACAUCAGCAGCAUCGCCUUCUUCAACUUCGCGGGCAUCAGCGUCACCAAGGAGCUGAGCGCCACCACCCGCAUGGUGCUGGACAGCCUGCGGACCGUCGUCAUAUGGGCGCUGAGCCUGGCGCUGGGCUGGGAGGCCUUCCACGGGCUGCAGAUCCUUGGUUUCCUCAUCCUCCUGAUGGGAACGGCUCUGUACAAUGGGCUACACCGUCCGCUGCUGGCCCGCCUAGCCAGAGCCCGGCCCCCUGCAGAGGAGAGCGAACGUGAGAGACUGCUAGGCGGCACCCGGACUCCCAUCAACGAUGCUAGCUGAGCCUCCCUCGACGCCAUUGCUGCUGCCACCCGAAGGCUCUGUCUUCACCCUGAGGCCAAGGCCGCACAGACUGAUGGGCCGCGUGUGCCCUGUCGGCAAGACCGAGCCCUGACCCCUUCCUACAGUCCUCCAGGGCAGCUGCUGCCACCAAAGGUGACAAGACGCUUGUCACUCACACCUUCAGUAUGGCAUUAGCCAGACCCCACAGGCCUGAGUGCCAUGGCCGAGCCCAGCCUCCGAGCCCUUUCUGCAGCACGAUAGCUAAGUCCUGGACGUGAGCUGCAGGAACUGACAACCUAGCUUUUCUGAAUCACAGACUGGUUUACAGGAAGAGAUCAUGUCGUUUCUGAAUCGCAAGCUAGACUGGGUUCUCCAAAGAAGUCAGCAAGUUCGAACCAGAACUUAGCACCGUAUUUUCUACCACGUGUAAGAUACUCCCUGGAGCUGUCCAAAGACCCAGGUUUCAGGCCGGACUGCUGCUCACUCGGAGUGUGUUCUCCAGCAUGUUCCCUGGUGCUCUGGGCCUGGUGUUACACUCUAGCAAAUCAGGGUCAGCACUGUGGCCUUUGGUGCCCUUUGGUCCCAGCAUCCUCUGGGCCUGUGAUUCUGACCAACCUGAAGAGAGUCUCAGCCCAUUUGUUGGAAUUGCCCCACCCCCAGUGGUGCCUCCCCUCCCUGUGCUCACUGUGAUGUCCUUGCUCACACCCCCUCCCUGCCCAAUGAAGUGACCAGCGGAGUCCCAGGCGGCCCUCCACGCCUGGGCUAUGAAUGCAUCACCUUCUAUUGUAAAGUGGAGAAACGGAGCCCAGAGUUGCAAAUCGUUUGGCAAGAAAGGUCUCCUGUUAGGUGCCUGGGGCCCUGGCCACAUGAUUCUGCAGCAGACUGGGACCUAGAGCAGAUCUGGGUCUCAGCCCUACCCCCUCUUCUCACCCUGCCCCCUAGCAGCCUUCUGCACACAGAACCCCCAGGAUGGUGGAAGUAGCAGGACUCUGCCGUUUUGAGUCAUUCCAGUAUCCCCAGCAUUGUAUUAAGUGCUUAUCAUUCGUUCUCUCUUUCAAGAGCCUUUAGAGGUGGGCACAGAUAAGAAAACAGUAGACGUGAAGCGACUUCCUCACAGAGCCAGUAUGCCUCCUAGGUUCGUCUGGUUCUAAACCUAGGCCCCCCCAACCACAUGGGUCUCAGUGGGCUCUUGGGGGUGGCUCUCCUGCAGCUGGGCUGGAAUCCUCGUGCACUGCUGACCUACCCUGCAGAGAAGGGAUGGCUCAGGAGCCCCGGGAGCUGAGCACUCUUAAUUCCAGGGUUGCUCAUCAGAACUGUAGAGCGUAGCCUCAGCCCGUUUUCCUGGGCAGCUCAGCCAUAAAACAAACCACCAAGUUCCUCCCUUAAAAUAGACUCUAAAGGAACCUCUCCUUUCUACCAGCCCUGAGUCCCAGGGUCCCCCGAACUUCUCUGGCCCUUGGCCUGUGUCACAGGAAGAAGGUAAUGGACAGUGACAGUGGAGAUGACAGUUACCUUGUCUAAAACCUGGGGCCUUAGAAUGUUGUUUUGAACUUUAUUAAAAAAGAAAAGAAAAAAAAAUUGACAGUAU